AUGACAACUAACAAGUUUUUACUUUUAAAAAAAGAAGAUUCUUAUUUAUCCAAGCUCACCCACGAAACAGUAAUAUUUGGUGAGAAUUUAUAUAAGAUAUUUUCAAAGACCCUUACUAGUAGUAGUACAGAAACAUUCAAUAGAAAAUCUAAUGAAAAGUUGGAUUCGAUUUCUUUUUGUUCAGAAUUAUUACCUUUUUAUUGUAAAUCAGAAGUAAUACAUAAAGGCGACAUCUUUAAUGUUCGUUUUGGUCACUCAUGUCUUAUAGAUAAGCAUAUAAUUUAUAUUUAUGGGGGAAAUCAGGAUAUUAAAUCAUAUAACACCAAAUUAAUACAAUUUAACCUAUUGAAUAAUGUUUUUAAAAACCUGGAUGAAAAGAACCCUCCUAAACCACGCUAUUUUGCAACAUUAAAUUUAAUUCACUCAACUGAAAAAAAAGAAGAUUGUUUAUUUCUUUAUGGAGGUAAAAGAGGAUCAUAUAUUACCAACGACACUUAUCUCUAUUGUAUAAAGGAUAAUACAUGGGAGCAUAUUAAGGUAAAAUUCUCUCCCCCCCCAGUUUUUGGUCAUGUCUGUUUUAAAUAUAAAAAUAUUAUAUUUAUACAUGGAGGAAAUAUGGGUAAUUCAAGGGUUAAUAGCGAUAUAUGGGGUUAUUUUGAAGAGGAAAAGAAAUGGGUAAAAAUUAUGAGCAAAGAUGAAUAUUAUAAUAAAAGUAGUAAUAAACCAAGUGGUCGAUUUUUUCAUUCAUGUUCAGUUUGUCUAUCAAACCAAGGAAACGAUAUAAACGUAUAUAUUUUUGGAGGGCUAAAUGAUCAAAAUAAAUGUGUGCAAGAUCUUUUUUGGUGUUAUUCAUUAAAUAAUGGAAAAUGGACUCAAAUCAAAAAUUCUGUAGGAAAAAUCCCCAUCGAAAGAUAUGGGCAUAGCUCUACCGUACUAAACGACAGAUGGUUUUUAUUAUGUGGGGGUUAUAACUUAUCUUGGUAUCAAAAAUCAAAUCUCUUGGAUAUAUAUGCCUAUGAUAUCAUUUUAAACACAUGGUCAUGCUUAAACGUAUACGGAAUGCUUCUUGUGACUCACCACUUUUAUGGAAAUAUAAUUCAAGUUGACGACAGUGGUUACUUUUUCAUUUUUGGAGGUUUGAGAAAUAAUGAAGCCUCUUCUAAAAUAUAUAAAUUCACCCCCUUGUUACCCUCAUACUACUUCAAAGUUUUGAAAAAUAAAAUAGAUGACAUAAACGACAAAGUAUACUAUUUAGAGAACAAUCCAAGACGCACAGUGAAUCCUAUAUUCAGCAAAGAAAUAGGUGAUAUAAAAUAUGCCUUAAGCGCAAUUUCUUUUACCAUUGUUAGAUAUGUGCAACUAAUAAAUGAUAUAAAUGAAAAAAUAAAAAUUUCAAACGAACUUGUCAAGCGAAAUUAUUUAUCUAUAUUGGAAAGAAUGGAAUCUAACAGAAAGUACUAUGAUGAAUUAAACAGCAGAAUUGAUGUUCUUGAUAAUUCAAUUAUGAAUAAAACAUCCAAAACAAAUGAGAAUAAUAAUAAUGGGGAUAUUGUGAAAAAUGAGGAGAUAAAUAAAAGUGAACAAAUUGGAAAAAAUGACGAAAUUAUAAAAAAUGACGAAACUGUUAAAAAUGAGGUGAUUAUAAAAAGUGAUGAGAUUAUAAAAAAUGACGAUAUUAUAAAAAGUGAUGAGAUUAUAAAAAAUGAGGAAAAUAACAAAAAUAUAGACACUAAUAAAAAUGAUGAUAAACAUGAAAAACAAGAAGAAAGCAUCACCAAUGAUGACCUUUCAAAUAAACAACAAAAUGUAAUCAAUUAA